CACUGGAAUUUCAGCUUUACAAAGUCAGUUCACAUUAGCAUUCAAUCAUGGCCGAUAUCCAGGGCUACAUUUUUCUGUUCCUUAUUUGGCUAAUCCCCACCGUUCUCCUCCGUGUACUAUUCAGAAAUCGAAAACUUUCUCGCCUUCCUCCAAGCCCGUUAGCCUUUCCGAUCAUCGGUCACCUCCAUCUUCUUGCUCCAAUACCCCAUCAAGCUCUCCACAGGGUCUCAAAUCGCUAUGGACCUUUACUUCACUUGUUCCUUGGGUCUGUUCCUUGUGUUGUUGCUUCUUCACCCGAAAUGGCGAAAGUGUUCCUCAAAACACAUGAAAAUUCCUUUUCUAACCGACCCAAUUCUGCUGUUGUUGACUACAUAACAUAUGGUUCACAGGAUUUUUCCUUUGCCCCUUAUGGACCUUAUUGGAAGUUCAUGAAAAAGCUAUGCAUGACUGAACUUCUUGGAGGUCGGACACUAGACCUGUUACUUCCAGUUAGACGCGAUGAGAUAACGCGUUUUAUGGAGCUGCUAUCGCGAAAAUCUAAAGCUGGUGAGGCAGUUGAUGUUGGUGCAGAACUCAUUAGGCUAGCAAACAAUGUGGUAUCAAGAAUGGCUAUGAUCAGACGAUGCUCUGAGAAUGAAAAUGAGGCUGCAGACAUAAAGACAAUAAUUCAUGAGAUAGCAGAGCUCACAGGGAAGUUUAAUGUAUCUGAUUUUAUCUGGUUUUGCAAGAAUUUGGAUUUGCAGGGAUUUAAGAAGAGGAUUAGAGAUGUAGCUGAGAGGUUUGACGUAAUGAUUGAGAAGAUCAUAGAGGAACAUCAAGAGACAAGGACGAAGCGUCGGCAUAACAAUGAUGCAGGUCAACAAAUGAAGGAUCUACUUGAUAUAUUGCUCGAUAUAUCUGAAGAUGAAAGCUCAGACAUAAGACUGACAAGAAAGAACAUCAAGGCUUUUAUCCUGGACAUAUUUGCAGCUGGAACUGACACUUCAGCCAUUACACUAGAAUGGGCACUGUCAGAGUUAAUCAACCAUCCACACAUUAUGCAAAAGGCAGUCCAAGAGAUUGACUCUAACAUAGGAAAAAACAGACUUAUAGAUGAAUCAGAUAUUUCAAAACUUCCUUACCUUCAAGCUAUAGUAAAAGAAACUCUGAGGCUUCAUCCAACAGGGCCAAUGAUCGUAAGAGAGUCGAGUGAAGACUGCGAAGUUGCAGGUUACCACAUACCAGCAAAAACUCGACUUCUCGUUAACGUAUGGGCUAUUGGAAGGGACCCCAAUUACUGGGAGAAUCCACUUGAAUUUCGUCCAGAGAGGUUUGUUUUUGAGGAGGGGAAUGUCAGCAAAAGCCAGCCAGAUGUAAGGGGGCAGCAUUUUCAUCUGUUGCCAUUUGGGAGUGGGAGAAGAGGUUGCCCUGGAACUUCAUUGGCUUUACAAGUUGUUCAAACAAGUCUUGCAGCAAUGCUUCAGUGCUUUGAGUGGAAUGUUAAUGGUGAAGGAAAUGGUAAAGUGGACAUGGAAGAAGGACCUGGUAUUACCCUUCCUAAAGCUCGUCCUUUAGUUUGUGUCCCAAAGGCUAGGUUCAAUCCACUUCCAAUAUGAAAUUAACUAGUAUUGAGAGACUACAAAUAAUAAAUUAUGUUUUGAAGGGGGGUAAGGAAAUUAUAUGUAUACGAAACUCUUCUCUUUUGUUUUGUAUGAACUUUGAUGAAAUGCUUGUCAUUUU